GGAAACUCGCAGAUUGAAAAGAAAUUGCAAUGAGCAAACUACUUCAAAAGGAGCUGCAGAUACUGCUGAGAAACCAGCGUCUAAAAAAGGCUCCAGAAAGAACUAGAGGCGUCGCGAGCUGAAAUUGAAACCCUAAGAGCAAAACUUCAAGAGAUUACUAGUAACGCAAACCGCAGUAGUAUGUUGUUAGUAUCAGAGCUCGAUGAACAACUCCCGCAAGCACAAUCCAGUGAAAUUCGUAUGGAACGGCCGAAUACAGCAAGUGAAUCGGUUAUGAUGGCGUCCAUGACGCAUUUGUCGCUGAGUACACUGAAUAUUCCGGAGUGCAAGCCGUCUGAUGGAGAACUCGAAGUUGACAAACAAGCCUACCUACGCUGGAAGGAAAUCCUGGAAACCUCUCUCAAUUUGAUAAGUACGACCGAUGAGCGAACGAAAAUGGGGAUCUUUAAGAUAAAGGCCGGAGCUAGUCUGCUGGAGAUCUUCCAAAGCACAAUCACGGCCACGGGCAUGCCGGAUCAACUCACGUUUCCGUAUUCGAAUGCUAUCGCUCGUCUGGAUGGCUACUACGGGUCCCGAGCAUAUUUGAUGUCACAGCGGAGCAAACUGAUGAACAUGAGUCAAUCAUCGAAAGAGGACAACAUACAGUUCGUUCGUCGUGUUGGCGUGGCUGCCAAGUUAUGUGAAUACAGCAGUGAAGAGGAAAUGGAAGCGAUUGCAAGAACAAUCACAAAAGGAACCACAGACAGCGUCGUUCGCUCUCUAGCACACCGUAAUUGGAUCAAGCAAGGAUCGAUGAAAGACCUCAUCGAUAUGGUUCGAGACAGCGAGAUUGAGAAGAUGAACGAGGAAGAGUUUCAGCGCAAGAACAGAUCAUCAAAACCUGCUGUUGUUGCUGCGGUUUCCCACCAAUCAUCAACACAUCAUCAAAACUUACGCGGCCAGCACCGACAGGCAGGUAAUUUCAGACAUUUUCGUGGUAACACAAGAGGACGGUUUGUAUCAGGUCAAAUGUCGUCACAUGCAGUCUUUUGUUGGAGAUGCCGAAGCGUAUACCACCCACCGCAAGAUUGUCCUUUGUCAGACAAAGUAUGUCGCACCUGCAAUCGUAAAGGUCAUAUUGCUCGUGCAUGCACCGAUCGGCUGCAAAGCAGACCGACAAAACGCAUGGGAGAGGAAGCGAACGAUAAUCCCCCGCGAAAAAUAGCCGCACUUUCGAAGCUUGAAGAUGAAAAUCCGGAGACGCCACAGGUACAGGAUUCUAAUAUUGAUGAAUGA